UUUCCCUGUUUCCACUUCUGCCCCCCGCGAAAGGGAGGAGACAGAGCCCACGUGGGGUCGACCCCGGCGAGGGCGUCCUCGUCUUUUCGCGUGCAUGCGGGUAGUAAACGCCCAUCAUUUAAUAUCGCGCCAUCGUCUCUUCCUCUUCUUCUUCUCCCUCCAGACCGCCGAGCUUCAACGCCAAGACGAGAAGCAGAAUCAUGGGAGGAACAAUAUCAUCACAAGAGAAGAGAGACCCAUAUUAAGCUCUCUAGAGAGAGAGAAAGAGAGAGAGAGACCAAAGGUCGAGGUGUUCGUAAAUCAAUGGCGACCGGGUGGGUCAAGUCGUUGCACUGCAAAUCGAGAGCGUUCGAGGACGUUUACCACCAACCGAAGGCGAAGAGCCGCCUCUCGACGUCGGCGAGUUGCCGGAAGAGCGCACAAACCGUGAGGGACAUCGUCGAGAUGGCCAGAGGAAAGCCCAAACCAAGAACAGAGCAACCGCUACCCACCAAGUCCAAGCACUCCAAACCCUCCAAAAGGGACUCGGAUCCGAACGACCCACGCACCCGGAAAGUUGUUCAGGCCGCGGCAGUCUCUCCGCGCUCCUCCAGGUCAUUAUGCCCGCCCCUGACCGAGCUGCCGGAGGGCCACCCGUCGCGCAAAGUGGUGGAGAUCAUCUUCCACACGAGCUGGAGCGAGAUGUCGGCGUUUCCCGGUCGGGUCGAGAAGAUCUUCAAGGUCCAGACCGGGCCCAAGACGACGGCCCGGUUUGAGGAAUAUCGGGAGGCGGUCAAGUCCCGCGCCGGGUCCGGGUUCGGGCUGGGCGUAGUUGGCGGGUGCUCGGAGGACAAUGCCGCGCGGUGCGUCGCGGAUGGCAACGAGGUCAUGCGGUUCCGCUGCAUGGGGCCCGCGUCGGCGGGUGGCGGCAUCUCCUCGGCGGACUUCUCGGCCUUCUCCGGCGGCAAGGGGGCGGCGGUCUGCACGUUCUUCGCGGGCAGCGGGUCGGCCCACGAGAGGGCGGGCGGCGGGAAGGGGAGGAGGGCUAUGCUGGUUUGCCGGGUCAUCGCGGGCCGGGUGGCGAAACAGGCCGGACCCGACCCUUUUUUGGAGGUUCGGGCCGGGUAUGACUCGGUGAAUGGGGACAAGGGCGAGUUGAUAGUGUUUGAUCCUCGCGCGGUCUUGCCUUGCUUCCUUAUUAUCUAUAGACUGUAAAGGAAACCAUCUUAAUGAAUGUCUAAGUCGGUAAUUAACCAUUUCAAUCUUAGUUGGAGUAAGGAUUGAAUUGAUUUGAUCAUAAGAUUGAUUAAAGAAAGAAGACCCGGAUGGAUACAGCUGAGGGCUAACAUGAGUGUACAUCAUCGUGCCGUAGUUGUUUAUGUUCUUGGCCAUCAUCAAGCACCAUGCUUGGUCUGCCAUUCAAGAUAGCAGUUUGGGCAUUGCAUUAAGAUAAUCUUGUUUGGUCAUGAAAUACUAAAGAUUUGACUUUGAGGUACUCUUUUCUUUCAUCUUCGUCGGACAGUAUAUGAUC